CUCCGAUCAUCCGUGCCGCGUCGAGUAUCCGGGGCAUUCUUUUGAACCGAACAACUCAUCAACUCACACUUGUAUAAGUGCGUGUGGCUCGAGAAGGAAAGGCUGUUUCGUGUUAUCUGCGCCGAGUUUUCUACCCGUCAAAGCCAAGUGCAGCAAACUGGAGUCUCCAACGAGGACUACCCCCAUCUAAUCCCGGAUCUUUGAUAAACGCAGUACAUUGUACUGUAAAAAACUUGCAACGAAAUAGGACUUUUCUUUCCAAGCAGUAGCAACAAGCCGCGGGGCACCCAGUCAGGAUGGAGGAUUCGACGAACGCAAUGGGCAUGAUGGACCAGCAGCAGCACGGUGGGGCGGCAGGCUACGAGAACAACGGGCCGGCGCCGGCCCCGACACCCUGCUACGACGAUCUGUUCCCGGCGCUGCCGGAGAGUGAGCCGCCGCGCUUCAACAGCACGCUGUCGCCGGCCACGCAGAACAUGCGCGUCGGCAGCUCGGUCGUGACGCAGGUGUUCAUCGUCGCGUCCGGCGAGCGCAAGUACGACUCGGACAAGUUCGGCGAGGGCGAGUCGCUGCGCACCUGCCAGGCGAUCAUGAAGGAAACGAACGCACACAUCGAGAUCUCGAGCGGCAAGGACCAGUCGCUGACGUUUCUGGUGACCGGCAAGGUGCAGGAGGUGAUGGAGGCGCGCCGCAAGAUUCUGGUCCACUUCCAGACGCAGGCGAGCAAGACGAUCAACAUCCCGCGCGAGCACCACCGCUGGAUUCUGGGCAAGAAGGGCGAGCGACUGCGCGAGCUGGAGCGCACGACCGCGACCAAGAUCAAUGUGCCGCGCAUCAGCGACGAGUCGGACGCGAUCACGAUCACCGGCACCAAGGAGGGCAUCGAGAAGGCGGAGCACGAGAUCCGCACGAUGUCGGACGAGCAGUCGCGCAAGGCGUUCGAGCGGUUCAACGUGCCGAAGAUCUACCACCCGUUCGUGCUCGGUGCGUACGGCGAGAAUCUGCAGAAGAUGAUGGAGGAGACGGGCGCCAAGAUCAACGUACCGCCGCAGUCGGUCCAGAAGGACGAGAUCAUCAUCACCGGCGAGAAGGAGGGUGUGCUGGCGGCGAAGGCGCGUAUCGAAGCCAUCUACAAGGAGAUGGAGAAGAAGUGCACCUCGGUCGCGGUGGAGGUGGUGCGGGCCCAGCACAAGUACGUGUACGGGCCGCGCGGCUCCACCAUCCAGGAGAUCCUGCAGACGACGGGCGUGUCGGUGGAGAUGCCGUCGAGCGAUUCGCCGAGCGACACGAUCACGCUGCGCGGCCCGCAGGACAAGCUGGGCAACGCGCUGAACGUGGUGUACCAGAAGGCGCACUCGAUCCGCACCGAUCUGCUGGAGUGCCCGCAGUGGAUCCACAAGUACAUCAUCGGGCGCGAGGGCGGCCACAUCAAGGAGUUCUCCGCCCAGCACCCGAACGUGCACGUCGAGUUCAGCGAGGACAAGAUCAAGAUCGACGGGCCGCCGGAGCAGGUGACGAUCGCGGCCGAGGAGCUGCAGAAGAUGGUGGCCGACCUGACCGGGCGGCUGACGUUCGCGGAGAUGGUGGUCGACCCGGUGCACUGCAAGCACAUCAUCGGCAAGGCCGGCUCGAACAUCAACCGCAUGAAGGAGGAGUACGACGUGCAGAUCAACAUCGACGAGAAGGGCGCGAAGCCGAUCCGCAUCGAGGGGCCGGCCGAGGGCGUGGCCAAGGCGCAGCAGGAGCUGCUGGAGAAGAUCGCCAAGUGGGAGAACGAGAAGGAGGAGUCGAUCAUCAUCGACCACCGGCUGUUCAAGACGAUCAUUGGCGCGAAGGGCGAAACGAUACGCGAGAUCCGCGACAAGCACAACCAGGUGCAGAUCGUGUUCCCCGGGCCGAACGACAAGUCGGACAUCGUGAAGAUCCGCGGCUCCAAGGAGGACGUCGACCGGUGCCACAAGUAUCUGACGCAGUACGUGAAGGAGCUGCAGAAGAACUCGUUCGUGAUGGAGGUGCCGGUGUUCAAGCAGUUCCUCAAGUACAUCAUCGGCAAGGGCGGCGCGAACAUCAAGAAGAUCCGGGACGAGACGCAGACCAAGAUCGAUCUGCCGUCCGAGAGCGACACGAACGAGCUGAUCGUGAUCACGGGCAAGAAGGAGAACGUGAAGGCGGCCUGCGACCGCAUCCAGAAGAUCCAGAACGAGAUGGCGAACAUCAUCUCGGAGGAGGUGCAGAUCCCGGCGAAGCACCACAUCUCGCUGAUCGGUACCGGCGGCAUGCUGAUCAACUCGAUCAUGGAGGAGUGCGGCGGCGUGUCGAUCAAGUUCCCGAACUCGGACCUGAAGAGCGACAAGGUGGUGAUCCGCGGCCCGAAGGAGGACGUCGAACGGGCGAAGCAGCAGCUGCUCGAACUGGCGAGCGAGAAGGAGCUGUCCUCGUACUCGGUGCAGAUCCGGGCCAAGCCGCAGCAUCACAAGUUCCUGAUCGGCAAGAACGGUGCUUCCAUCAAGAAGAUUCGCGACAAGACCGGUGCACGCGUCAUCUUCCCGAAUGUCAACGAUCAGGAUAACGAGGCGAUCACGAUCAUCGGCAAGAAGGAGCACGUGGAAGAGGCGAAGACCGAGCUGGAAGCGAUUAUCAAGAACAUCGACAACAUCGUCGAGGACGAGAUCAGCGUGCAGCCCAAGUUCCACAAGCACUUCAUCUCGAACCGGGGCAAGGUGCUGCGGCGCAUCGAGGAGGAGUGCGGCGGCAUGUCCAUCUCGUUCCCGCGCAUGGACCGCGACGACCGGAACGAUCGCGUCAAGCUGAAGGGCCCGAAGGACUGCAUCGAGGCGGCCAAGCAGCGCAUGAACGAGAUCGUGCAGGAGCUCGAGUCGAUGGUGACGAUCGAGGUGUACAUUCCCGCCCGCCACCAUCGCAUCAUGAUGCGCCGGGGCGGCUCCAAAGUGCAGGCCAUCACGUCCGAGUUCGGCGUGAACAUCCGGUUCCCGGAGCGCGUGCUGGACACGGCCGUGCCAGUCGCCGUCAACGAUCCGUCCCAGCAGCAGCAGCAGAACGGCAAUGGUGAAGCAGCGGCCGAGGGUGAUGAAAAUGCUUCGGCGGCGGCUGCUGCAACCACUGAUGGUGGUGAGGUAGUGAACGGUGGUGGUGCCGCGGGCGAACAGACAACGCCCGCCGAGCCGGUCCAGCGCGCUUCCGAUCUGGUGCGCAUCAGCGGCAACAAGGAAAAGUGCGAACAGGCGAAGGAGGCGCUCCUUGCGCUCGUGCCGCUGACGGAGGAGAUUAACGUGCCGUGCGAUCUGCACCGUUCGCUGAUCGGCCAGAAGGGCCGUGACGUGAAGGAGCUGAUGAACACGUACGAUGUGCAUAUCGAGAUGUCGCCGCAGGACAAGAAGCUGGACAUCAUCAAGGUGACCGGCACGAAGGCGGCCAUCGACGAGGCGAAGGUGGCGAUCGCGGAGCGCAUCAAGCUGCUCGAGGCCGACCGGAAGGAUCGCGAGCUGCGCUCGUUCGAGGUGAAGCUGGAGGUGGACCCGGUCUACCAUCAGAAGAUCAUCGGUCGCCGCGGCGUGGUGAUCAACAAGAUCCGCGCCAACCACGACGUGCAGAUCACCUUCCCGAAGCAGGACGACCCGCAGAACAGCAUCAUCACGAUCCAGGGAUACGAGGAGAAGGCGCUGGCGGCGCGGGACGAAAUCCUGGCGAUGGUCGACACGCUCAGCUCGGUGUACAAGGAGGAGAUCCACAUCGACGAGCGCGUGCACCGCCGCUUCAUCGGCUUCCGGGGCAAGCGGCUGCGCGAGAUUAAGGAACAGUUCGGCGUGGACAUUACCUUCCCGCGCAUGGAGGACGCCGACAAGUCGCUGGUCACGCUGGCCGGCACGCCGGACAACGUGGAAUCCUGCCGCGACUAUCUGCUCAACCUGGAGGAGGAGUUCCUGCAGGACGUGUCGGCCGCCCCGACCCAGCCGACCUCGUUCUCGCAGAUCAUGGAGGACACGAUGGCCCAGCAGCAGUCCAACAAGCAGGGCUUCGUCGUCAGCGGCGCACCGUGGGAGCGCAAGGCACCGAACACGCUGUCCCUGGAGGACUUCCCGGACUUUGGGCCGGGCGGUGCACCGGCGGCCGCCGCCGCAGCCACCUCGAACGCGGACGCGAACGCCACGCAGCAGCCGCCGAUCAACUCCGCCUGGAAUGCUAAGCAUUAAAUGUUUUGUUUCUGGUGGAGGAGGAGAAGAAGGAGAAGGUGGUGCCGAAUUGUGGAGGUAGGAUGUGUUUGUGUGUGAAUGUGUGCGUAUGUGUGUGUGUGUGCGAAAAGGACAAGGGGAAAGUUUAACGGGAAAGAGAGCAAUAAUGUCGCAGCAAUUCGGGGUUCCACAAACACCACACACACACAAGGAUGUGUCGUAGGCGAAAGGCGCUCACAAAGGCUCAGGCUAGCAGCAGCAGCAUUCGUCUUACUUAUUUAGAGCAUGCUUUAUUUGUGAAGGAAAUUAUAUUUUUGAUGCAAUUUGUUUCCCAGAAAAUUAGAAUCCUUUUUGCUGUUAUUGUGCUAUGACGUACGAAGAAAAGAUAUACUAUCACGUUCUAUUUUCCUAUCCAUCAGAGAGGAAUUGACAUGUCCUUCCCGAAUCGUUUGAUAAAGGGUUUCAUUUUUGUCUUUUCGAUAAAAGUCGUGUAAAGUGAGGCGCACUUUUCUGAUAUAAUUUAUAACCCCCCCCUUCCCCAUUCCGGAAUGAAACGAGCGAAACUGACAACAAACACAACGAGCAGAUCGUGCAGCGCUGGCAGGUGUAAAUAAACGACAGAGAAGAGCAUUAGUAGCAAUAGCCAGCAGCAGCAGCAGCAAACAGCGGGACUGCUGCGAUAAGAGGAAAAAUGUAUAGAGAAACAGUUAUAAUCAUGCUUGAUCAGUGAGAUUUUCCGCCUGUUUCAUUCGCCACAAAAUCAAGAGGUAGUAGAGUAGGUCGACAACUGAGACAGGGGUGGUAAAUGUUAUUACGAGAGAACGUUUAUAAAAGCUAAAACAGAGAAAGUAUGAAACACGAUCAAUUAGCAAGGGCAGUGCGCAGGACAGAGAAGGGCAGCAAUAGCUGCUUGCUUUGGCAUUUGUUGAAUUGAGGUACAAAAGGCAAAAAGCGUGCAAAAAAACAAGAAGAAAUAACGCACCUUUCUCGUUGUCGAUCAGCAGGAACCCGUGACACUUCUUUUUCGCAUGUAUAAUUUCUGUGUAAUGGUGUAAAACAGUUGCUCUCCCUCUCGAUUGAACGCUCUCCAACAGGAGAGUAAGACUAAAGGGGAAUUAUUUUUGUACCUAAAUAACGAUCUUGUUUAAAGUAUAUCUGUUUGUCUGUUUUUUUUUUCUUUCAUUCUUUUUGUUGCACAUUGUGGACGAUCGCAAACCAACUGUUUCACUAUUUGACCAUUGAUUGAGAAAAGUGUGCUUCUGGUAUUGAGUUUAGUUCGUCAAACUCUGCUGAGAUGAAGGAGGAGAAUGGAAGUAACAUUACUUACUGAAAAAAGGAGACAUUUGAACUAGGCAAUCGUAAAAGGACUCGCUUUCUGGAAUUUUAAUACACAUAAAAUGGCUAGAACACACAGCGGAAGAAACGGAUACGAUAGAAGCUCAAUUUAAAAUGGUCGCUACGAACGGAAUUACUACUCAGCUUUCCCCAACACAUACACAAGCUCUUCACGGAAUUGCAAACGGAACAUUUAGAAUCUACGCACUGGCUCUACUAUUAAGGCGGGGGAGCUCGACUUUUGACGACACUUUUCAGGAUGGAUGGUACUAAGGACUUUGUUUCUUUAUGUGUUUUUGUUACCAAGUAAAAAGUAAGAGCUUCAGCUUCGUUUGAGGAAAACAAAUCUCUGUAAAUAUAAUAUGUACGACAACACACACAUACACACACAGCAAGAGGAAAUUGCGCUAUUGCCAGAGAGUAAUGAACCAGUUUUUCAAACAAACUUUCUCAAAUGAAACUUUUAUUCGCAUUCAUUUUUUUCUGUUUUAUCACAUUAUUUAUGUUUUUCUUUUUUUUCUCUCUCUCUCUCUUUCUCUCUUAUCGAUUUGUAGCCGGCAGGCGGCGAAGGUGUGAAGUGUUUUAUUUUUGUUACAACGUUUACAACCAACCACGUCGUUCGCAAUGGAUUGUUUCAACGUGCGCCCAAACCUACCCCCCCCCCCCUGGCCAGACACCGAACAGCGCAACACACCCCUUGAAACCAGCUUCCUCUCCUCCCCCUUUGCCUGCUGAUUGACAAAAUCAUCUUACAAAAGCAAUCAUUUAUUAAGCAGAAGGCGCAGAAGGAAGAAAACAAAACAAAGGGAAAAUUUAUCUUUUAAGUAGUAGUGUAUAGACACAUCAAACAACGCCCCUUGACGAGGAGGGACGAGAGAGCGCAAGUGUGUGUGUCUGUGCGCACAUCUUCUCUUCCUCCUCCCCGAUCACGUCCCCACUUCCGUGCGAAACCGUUUGAAAAUCCUAAGGAACUUAUCGUUUAAACUCAGCUUAUUUGUAUGUGUGUGUGUUUGUGCGAUUGGUGAUGAUUAAUGUACGUGUGCUCUAGUUUGUUUGUUUUGCUUAUUUUGUUACUGCACAAGAGCUCAAUUUUGAUCGUAACGACCAGAAGGAAAAGGAAGGAUAACAUAAGAAUGGUCCAUGAAGGUCCAGGCAAUAUAUAGAGCCUAGCAGGGUGGAUGGCGUGUUGUUUAGUAGAUUUAAAGUCGUCUUUUUUCGACAAACGCAACGAAACUAACGGGGGGCAUAUUACACAUAUAAUGCAACGGGGAAGGACAGGAUCACGCGCCCGUGGCACUGUAUCAUACCCAAGUGACUCCCCCCUUAAUUAAUAAAGACACAAACACAGCUAUACACAACAACUCUACACAAUCCACACACAACACAACCAUAUGAAGUUUUGCUCACAUCCGGCACAAUACUCCCGCUAAUGUGCAAAAAAAAGGAGAAAAGGAAAACUCCUCCCGGUCGUGUUCCGGGUGUAAUUUUGUUGCGGUUUUACGUUUCACUGUUGGCCGAAUUGUCAAUUUUCUCCGUCACUGCUCUGUCACGGUGUCACGCUUAGAAAAUUGAAAACGGAGGGUGAGAGUGAUGAGAGUGUAAAAGGGGGUUGAGAUAGAGAAAAGAUAGAGAAUUAGUAGAUUACAAACAUAGUACUGGAACCUUUUACCUACUGCCCCCUUCCUUCUUAGACCACCCUUUAAAAGCAGCUGUGUUAUGUGUUUGUUAUCCUAUUUUUUUGUUUUGUUUUGUUCAUCUUCUUAUAUAUAUAUUCUCUUUUUAUCUGACCAUGGAGAGGCGUAUCACGCACGGAGAGUGUUUUAAAUGUUUUGUACAAUGUGUACCAUCGUACCAACAAUAAUGUAUGUAGCAGAGACAUGCACACAAAAACAAUUGCAAUUUACCAAUUGGGAGAUAAUGUGAAGAAAAAAACAAACAAACAAACAAAAAAGGACUUGAUGCGAAGGAGCGGCGCGGCAAAAAAUGGGGAGACGAAACAGAAAAAAAAGUGUAACAAAAAAGUGUGUUAGGAAAGAGAGAAAGAGAGAGAUAUAUAUACAAAACACAAACACAUAUAUUAUAUAUACAUAUUUUGAUAAUCAAAUAUUAUUUUCAAAACCGUAUAAAAUAAAGACAGACAUAUGCUCUCGGGCGCCCCACCCCCCCUGUAGCAAGCGAGAGAGGGAGUUGUGCCGGAGGAGAAAGUUUGUUGUGCAAAUUCCUUUCUUUGGCACGCGCGCGCAUACGAUACGCGUACGCAAUCAGGAUGUGUGUGUGUGUGUGCUGGGACACAGAGCUAAAGACACCAAAAGAAAGGGAAAGCGACUGGAACAGAAGAAGAAGAAAAAACCAGUCAUGAAAGGACAAAAACAUUCGUAAAGAAACAGCUGCAACAAAAGAAGAGUGGAAAACACAACAAUAACUGAAUAACCUAUAAGGGGGGUAGUAACUCUAAAUGCGUAAUCAGACAACAAACAAGAGAACGGGAUGCAGAGUUCUGAUAUGGGAGAGAAUAAAAGCGCGGUCGAUUGACGGAAAAAAGAGAAAUUGCAAUUAAAUGAAAGGGAGCAGGUAGUAGGUAUAGGGCACUACCGCCUCCAAGGAAGAGAAACUAAUUAUACAACACUAUAUAUAUACAUACAUAUUGAAACCUUAUAGAGAUAAAAGCGGUAAGGUAGAAAGAAGAGAGAGGGAGAGAACGAGAAAGAGAGUGUGUGUAAAAGGUCGUGGGAAAUGCAAAUUAUAUAUAAAAAGGUGCAGAGUACAGUACAUUGCGAACGUGAAAAUAAAAUCACACACACAUACAGAAACACAACAGCUCGAACCGAGAAGCUGCACAAAUAAAAGAGAGGAGAAACGUUAAUAUUAACAAACACGCUUACAAAAAGCGUCAAUCUGCGUUGCGUUUGCGUGCCGAUCACUUAAAGUGAGACAAAUAAACACACAAGAAAAGGCAAGGGAAAACUAAAACGAUCGAGGAUAGAACCGCGAACGAUCAGCAGAGAUGGAAAAAUGGAAGGAUCCUGCGCUGCUUAUUUGUGUGUAUCCUUGCAAACAACAUGCGCGGAGGAUUAGGGAAAGAUGAUGAUAAAUGGUGCAUUCGAAGGGGGGAGCAAGAGAUAAAGAAAAGAACAUACAAUUAGCUUCCUUUUACAAUUAAACAAAAAAAAAACACGAGACACACAAAACACAGACACACUCACACGACAAGAUGGCGAUGUUGAAGAAAGGGAAACUUGCGAUCGCUCUCACCUCUAAAAUGAUGCAAACAAGUGAAAUAUGGAUGGGAUGAGAUGCAAAAACAAAGGGGGAAUGUUGAGAAUAAUCUGAAGCUACUAAAGCAAGCUAUAGCUACAUGCGAGAGCAAUUGAGCAGGAGAAGAGGAAGAAGGAAGGAAUGGUGGGACGCUCGUGGUGGGCAUGCUUGCUGCGUGAGGAUCGUCCCCCUCCCCACAGCGCGGGGAAGCUAAUACCUAAUUUGUGGUAUAAAUAAAACUUAUUACAUUUUCUGUAA